CACACACCCAAGCACAGACAGGCUACAGCCGUAACAGGAGGAACAGAAAGAUCUGCAGGCAUUAUUUGAGCUGUGAAUGGGUGAAGCACAAUGGCAAAUGUUAAACAGCUGCUCGACAACACACUCAAUGGACUGUUGGAAGAUGAACUAAAGAAGUUUCGGUGGCGCUUAGUGAAUGACCAUAGAGAUAUUUCAAAAGCCAAAAUGGAGAAUGCAGACAGAUUGGAUACAGUUGAUAAGAUGGUGUCAUGUUUUGGACCAGAAAGAGCUGUGAAGAUCACAGUGGACAUCCUGAGGAAAAUAAACCAAAAUCAAUUGGCUGAAGAGCUGGAAGUAGCACAGAAGCAAGGUGCAGCUUCAGAGAACUGUAAAUCUCCUUCUCUUGAUUACACAAACAUCAGCCAUGAAUUAAAAAAGAAAUUAAAGGAAGACUAUGAGCAGGUAUUGGUUGGUAAUUCACAGACAGGUUGUCAGAAGUACCUAGAUGAUAUUUACACUGAUCUAUAUGUGGUGGAGAACGAGACUGGAGGAAGAGAGAAUGACCAUGAGGUGAUACAGAUGGAGUCAAAACACAACCAACAGACAGCCAAAGAUAAACCACUCAAGUGUAAUGACAUGUUUAAAAUUCAGCCUGACACAGGUCGACAAAACAGAAGAGUCCUGACACUGGGGAUCGCAGGAGUGGGAAAAACUGUCUCUGUCAAUAAAUUCAUCCUUGACUGGGCUGAAGGAAAAGACAAUCAGGAAAUAGUCUUCAUAUUUCCACUGCCGUUCCGUAGACUGAAUCUGAUUAAAAAAGAAAAGUACAGUCUCAUAGGUCUGCUUAACAAGUACUUCAGCAGUGCUGGAAGACUGAGCUCUCUUCCUAAAAAACAAGGUAAGGUCAUGUUUAUCUUUGAUGGGCUGGAUGAAUACCGCUUUCAAUUGAACUUUAAGGAGGAUGAUGAAUUUACAGAUGUUGAUAAGGAAAUGACAGUGAGUGAGAUAAUAACAAAUCUCUUAAGGAGACAGCUUGUGCCCUCUUCCCUCAUCUGGAUCACAUCCAGACCAGCGGCAGCCAGUCUGAUAGACCGAAACUACAUUGAUCAGGUGACAGAGGUGCGAGGAUUCAAUGAUGAGCAGAAGGAGCAGUACUUCAUCAAAAACAGCAGUCCUGAGGUUGCUGGAAACAUCUUCUGUCACAUCAGGAAAUCCAGGAGUCUGUACAUCAUGUGCCACAUCCCCGUCUUCUGCUGGAUCUCUCUCAUUGUUCUUCAGCCUCUGCUGGGUCAAGAGAGCAAUGACAAAACACCCACAACUCUCACAGAGAUGUACACCAGCUUCUUACUGUCUCAAAAGCAACAGAUGAAAGAAAAAUACAGCAGCAAUUCUGAACCUGAAGCCAAUGCUUGGUCUUUUGAUGACAUUGUUCUGAAGCUUGGGGAACUGGCCUUUAAACAGCUGGAGGAAGGAAAACAGAUUUUCUACAAAACAGAUCUGGAGAAGUGUGGCCUAGAUGUCAAGGAAGGGUCUGUGUUCUCUGGAUUAUGUACUCGAAUGUUUCAGGAGGAAAACCCCAUUUCAGGGGAACAGGUUUACAGUUUUGUACACCUCAGCGUUCAGGAGUUUAUUGCUGCUCUCUAUGUGUUUUUUACUUACAACGACAAGAAAACAAAUCCAUUACUUGAUUCCAGGAAAAAGGGACUGACAUGGAAACUCUCUAAAAAAACCUUGUUUAAACUUCAUGAGGCUGCAGUCAAGAAGACUUUACAAAGCAAGAAUGGACACCUGGACCUUUUCCUCCGGUUCCUGCUGGGUCUCUCUCUGGAGUCUAAUCAGAGUAACCUGAAGAAGCUCCUGCCACGACUGGAGCUCGAAAUUGGGAACAUCAAAGACACGACUGACUAUAUUAAAAAGAAAAUAGAGAAGGAGAAAUCAGCAGAGAGGACCAUCAACCUCUUCCACUGUCUGAAUGAACUGAAUGAUGACUUUGUGGAGGAACUCCAGAAGAGUCUGAGCUCUGGAAAUCUUACAGCACAGGAUCUGUCCUCUGCUCAGUGGUCGGGUCUGAUGUUUGUGCUCCUGAUGUCAGAAGAGACUCAAGAGAAGUUUGAACUGCAAAAAUACAGAAGAUCUGAUGAAGCACUGAUGAGGCUGAUACCAGUAGUCAAGAACACCAGAAGAGCACUGCUACAGUGGUGUAAUCUCACUGUUCAGUGCUGUGAGAGUUUGUCUUCAGCUCUACAAUCCUCAAACUGUGUCCUGAGAGAGCUGGACCUGAGUAACAAUGACCUGCAGGAUUCAGGAGUGAAGCUUCUCUCUGAUGGACUGAAAACUGUAAACUGUAAACUGGAGACACUGAGAUUUGUCAUGUGUAAACUCACUGCAGAUUCUUGUGAGAGUUUGUCUUCAGCUCUACAAUCCUCAAACUGUGUCCUGAGAGAGCUGGAAUUGAAUAACAAUGACCUGCAGGAUCCAGGAGUGAAGCUUCUCUCCGAUGGACUGAAGCAACCAAACUGUAAACUGGAGAUACUGAGAUUUGUCAUGUGUAAACUCACUGCAGAUUCUUGUGAGAGUUUGUCUUCAGCUCUACAAUCCUCAAACUGUGUCCUGAGAGAGCUGGACCUGAGUAACAAUGACCUGCAGGAUUCAGGAGUGAAGCUUCUCUCUGAUGGACUGACGAGUCCAAACUGUAAACUAGAGACACUGAGAUUUGUCACAUGUAAACUCACUGCUGCUUCCUGUGAGAGUUUGUCUUCAGCUCUACAAUCCUCAAACUGUGUCCUGAAAGAGCUGGACCUGAGUAUCAAUGACCUGCAGGAUUCAGGAAUGAAGCUUCUUUCUGAUGAACUGGAGAGUCCAAACUGUAAUCUGGAGACACUAAGGCUACAGAGCUGUAAUCUCACUGCUAUGUCUUGUGAGAGUUUGUCUUCAGCUCUACAAUCCUCAAACUGUGUCCUGAGAGAGCUGGACCUGAGUAACAAUGACCUGCAGGAUUUAGGACUGAAGCUUCUCUCUGAUGGACUGAAGAGUCGACACUGUAAACUGGAGACACUGAGAUUGGUCAUGUGUUAUCUCACUGUUCAGUGCUGUGAGAGUUUGUCUUCAGCUCUACAAUCCUCAAACUGUGUCCUGAGAGAGCUGGACCUGAGUAACAAUGACCUGCAGGUUUCAGGAGUGAAGCUUCUCUCUGUUGGACUGAAGAGUCAACACUGUAAACUGGAGACACUGAGAUUGUCUGGCUGUAUGGUGACAGAGGAAGGCUGUGGUUUUCUGUCUUCUGCUCUGAGUUCAAACCCCUCACACCUGAGAGAGCUGGAUCUGAGCUACAAUCAUCCAGGAGAUUCAGGAGUCAAGCUGCUCUCUGAACAACUGGAGGAUCCAAACUACACACUGGACAAACUCAAUCUGGACCAUGGAGGAGAGAAGAACAUUACAGCAGGACUGCACAAAUAUGCCUGUUCUCUCACACUGGAUCCAAACACAGUACACACUAAACUCAUUCUGUCUGAGGGGAACAGAAAGGUGAAGUGUGUGAGAGAGACGAUGGUGAAGAAUGUGAGACAGUCGUAUCCUGAUCAUCCAGACAGAUUUGAUGGUGUGUGUCAGGUGUUGUGCAGAGAGAGUGUGUGUGGACGCUGUUACUGGGAGAUUGACUGGAGUGGAAGUGGUGUGUGGAUAUCAGUGUCAUAUAAGAGCAUCAGGAGGAAGGGAGCAGGUAACGAGUGUGUGUUUGGAUCUAACGCUCAGUCCUGGAGUUUGCGCUGCUCUUCCUCCAGUUUCACAUUCAGACACAAUUACGCAGACACUGAUCUCUCAGUAGAGCGGCUCAGCAGUAGAAUAGGAGUGUUUGUGGAUCACAGUGCAGGAAAUCUGAUCUUCUACAACAUCUAUAGAGACACAAUGAGCCUCAUCCACUCAGUCCAGACCACAUUCACUGAGCCGCUCUGGCCUGGAUUUGGGGUUUAUUAUCCUGGAUCAUCAGUGAAACUGUGCUAAAGACUGAGAGACUAAGGAGAUACUUACCCAUAAUCCACUGCAAGAUCAGUCAGUAGCAGUGAGAUGUUAUGCAACCUCUUCUCUCUGUGUGUGUGUGUGUGUGUGUGUGUGUGUGUGUGUGUGUGUGUGUGUGUGUGUGCGUGUGUGUGUGUGUGUGUGUGUGUGUGUGUGAGAGCAAUGUAGAUUUAUUGUAUUUCACAAACACGAUUUUUUAGGAGCACGUCAUUCUAACAUAUUCUAUAGAUUUAUAUUCUUGGUUUUUCUUGUGCACAGAUAAUACAUGUCAAUGUCAAAUUAAUUAGAGAUGAGGUGUUUAUGUGAUGAUGAGUAUGUAGAAUGUCUUAAUCCUGUCUGAAUCACUUAAAUAUAUCAUCAACAGCUCACAAGACUGAAAUGAGGAAUAGAUUUUUAGUUUCUGGAAAUCCCAAGAGCAAAAAAUAUCAAGCAAGUAAAUUUAAUUA